CGACUCUCCAGCAUAAUUUGCAUACUUUCCCCCAGAGCUAUUGAAGUGAAGAUGGGCGAUCUUGUCUUGGGUCCUGUUGUUGAAGCCACCAUAGACAAGGUGAUUUCAGCUGCUACUGAGCAAAUCAACCUUGCAGUCAGUUGGAAGGCAGAGCUCAGAAGACUUUGCAACAAGUUGACCAUGAUCCGUGCUGUGUUGCAAGAUGCAGACAGAAGGCAAGUUGGAGACUCAGCUGUGAAGCUUUGGCUUGAGAACCUCAGAGAUGUGGCUCGUGAGGCCGAGGAUGUUUUGGACGAGGCUGUUUAUGAAAGACUGAAACAGGAGGUGCAAAUCCAAAAGCAAAUGAAGAAGAAGUUGAGAUUAAUGAGGAGGCUACUCAAUUUGGACUUCAGUCCAGACAUGCUACCUAUGAACCUAGAAGCAACCCUCAAACAGCAUACUCCUCCCCUGUUAUUUGUUGUCGGUCUACAAGAGGGAAGUCGAAUUGAGGAAUUGGGAUGCUUGAGCCAACUUAGAGGUGAACUAAGGAUAUGUCAUCUGGAGCAUGUUGAAAACUACUCAGAAGCCAAGAAAGCAAAACUUUCGGAAAAGAUUGAACUUUAUGAGUUGAGUCUUAAAUGGACAGAAAGAAAUACAGAAGAAUGUAAUCAUGAUGAAGAUGUGUUAGCAGGCCUCAAACCUCCCCCAAAUUUGAGAAACUUAACUAUAAAACGUUAUGGAGGUGAAAAAUGUCCAUCAUGGAUGGUGCCUAGUUUGAGUGAAUCAUUUUCACUCAACAAUUUGGUAGACUUGAAAAUCUUAAAUUGUGAAAAGUUGAAAAGCAUUCCAAUCUUGAGCGGGUUAUCAUCUCUUCAACAGCUUGAAAUUACAGGUUGCCGUGAAUUAACCAGAAUCGGAGAUGGAGCAUGUGCCUUUCCAACGUCUCUCAGCCGACUAGGCAUUCGUUCUUGUCCAAGAUUGGAAACAAUUGGGGACAGUAUUUCGACCCUGACAUGCCUAGAAGAGUUAGAUCUAUUUCGAUGUGAAGAUCUGAGGCCCAUUCCAAGUGUAAAUGGGCUUUCCUCUCUAAAGAAGUUAUCGAUUGAUGGAUGCAGUUCAGUGGUGAGUCUACCAAGUGGACUGUCCUCCUGCACUGCACUCAAAGAAUUGAUCAUGGUUAGGUGCCCUAAUCUGAUCUCCAUCUUCGAAGACUUGAAGGAUUUGCAUUCUCUUGUUGAUUUACGUAUUCUCAACUGUGAAAAUUUGAGUAUUCCGGAGGAGAGCUUCAGCUGUCUUGUCUGCUUGGAGUAUUUGGGAAUUGGUGGUUUCUCAAAAGAGUUGAAGGAAUUCCCAUAUCUUAAUUCCAUCCACCACCUCCACGCCUCCCUUCAAAAAUUAUGCUUGUUUGGGUGGGAAAAACUAACGUAUCUACCACCUCAAAUUCAACACCUCACUUCUCUAAGGGAAUUGACAAUAUUUGAUUUCAAUCAAGUGGAAGCUUUGCCAGAGUGGUUGGGAAGCUUUUCAUCUCUUCAAACUCUGGGGAUUCUUCGCUGCGCAAAUUUGAAAUAUCUGCCUUCUGCACAAGCCAUGCAUCGCCUCUCCAACUUGCAGUAUCUUGGAAUUGAAGCAUGUCCAGAGCUAGCAGGAAUUGAAACCGGCCUUGAAUGGUUCAAAAUUUCUCACAUUCCAAGAAUCGAAAUGUCUUAAGUGCGCAUCCAAUAACAAGGAGAUUGAGCCCUUUUUCUGAGACUUAAAGCAACAAAAAAAAGUCAAAUUUAUCAAUCCAAAGGGUUACUUAUGGCUACUUCAAAACUCUUAACCUACAAUGCUUGUGAAAAUUCUUUAAAAGGGAUUCCUAUGCACUUAGGAUGAGCCAGCUGUUGUUGGAUAUUUUUGUGAUAUUGUUUUGGACGGCAGCAUUUUGAAUAUUAAGGAUUUUGAUUAUAAGAGAGUUCUAUGAUUGGGAAGCUUUGACACAAUUGUUGGGGAACUUGUUCGUUAUUGGAAGACCAGAUUUCUAGUUAAAAUCUGAAAUAAUUGCCUUCUACUGGGGCCAUGCAAUGCCUAGAGUUAUGGAGUUAUCAUGUACUUUGGAUUUGAACAUUUGAAGAACCUUUAGGUAGUAUUUAAUUCACACCAAGGAGAAGUAGCAGGGAGAAGGGGGGAAGCUUCUUGACAAUGCAAAAUAUUAUUCAAACAUGCCCUCUAGAUCAUAUAUGAGUCUUAAUUAAGUAUUAUGUCUUUACAAGCAUGUAUAGUCUAUGCAAGUGAGUAAGAUCAUAUGCUAAAGUAUUUUUCUUGAAAAUUUUGAUAGAAAGAAUGCUUGUAGGUGUUCAUGAUUAGUAUCACAUUCCUUGUGCCACAGGGCUUUUUGUACACUAAGAGGAACGGGUGUAGCUUAGUUUAUGGACUCUCUGAUUAUAGAGAGUUUUAUAAAUUGGAAGCUUUGGCAUAGUUGUUGUUAACUUCGUCUCUAUUCAAAUAUUCAAUUUCUGUUCAUAAUUUGAAAUAUUUGCCUUCUCCUGGGGCCAUCCAAUGCUAAGAGGCACUGAUUGAUUCAAAGUUCCUCACAUUCCAAUAUCCAAAUCAACUGAGUGCAUCCAGUUCUAAGAAGAUUGAACUUAUCAGUAAUCCCUGGAUGAUCCAAGUUUUUGCAGUGCAAUACAUGAGGAAUACUUUUAGCUUAUGUGAGAAUGAUCCAAUUAUCCAAAUAUGGAUCUAUUGAUUUCACAUAUUUAGAGAUGAUUCCAGAACUUGGCCUUAAACUCAGUAUCACUCUGUAAAUUGAAGCAGAAGGAAUUAUAUCAUACAUGACUUCAAGGCAUGGAACCUUAAGUGGUAAUAGAUUAUAUUCAUUUCAUGAGGAAGUUACUUGACAAAGCAAAAAUGUAUCAAGUCUUUCAGAAGUUAAGGAGAAUAGCAGAUGCAAAGUAGCUAAUGGACUUUGAUGAAGCUCCAGCUGUAGUGUGCAAACUUCAGUUGUCAAUAGACAGUCCCUUACUUGAGUGUCCCAGCCUCAUUUCCAAUUAGUGUAAACCACAUUCUUUCAGACAGAUAGUUAAAGGAUGAGCAAUUUUGUGAUAGAGGCUCAAGAUUUUGUUCUGGAUGGCAGCAUCUUCAGUAGUAGGAGUAUCAACUUCUCUAAUACAUCAAGGAGCUAACUAGACUUUGCCUUUCUGCACUUUGAUUAUGCUAUAGAGACUUACCACAUGACAAUGGCUGCUACAUUUCAAUCAUCUACCAUUUUCAUCCCAAUGGCAGUUGAAUUAUAUGGGUUAUGAGUUUUGAUAUAAGAGUUGGUGAACGGGGCUUCUACUGAAGAUAUGUUGAAAAAAAUAUUCUAGAUGUU